AUGAUCCAUGCCGGAGACCGUGGAAGCAGCCUCAACCCCAGGCUGCAACCAGCGCCUUUUUGCUUCUGGAGCGGUCAUAGACUCGACUCCCCCAGUCUCCCCAGGCCGAAUCAUUGCCAAACUUUUUCCCUCGCUCCUUUAGGGGUGAGUGGGAACUGCUGGACCCGAUGGAGCAUCAUGCUACCGCAUGCCCACACACGGCGAUCACAACGACAUCAUCGUCCGGUCGAGGCAUACGUGCCUAGAGUCGUCUGUAUAAAUCUCCCGACUGCAGUCGGUCUUCCUCUUCCUCAUUCUUUCCUUUCUCCGUCCCCCUUCGUCUUCUACGUUGAACCCGCUGAGAUCCGUUUGCUCCGCCAGAUCCGCGGGUUUGUGACUGUAUUCUCUCUAAUAUCCGGGCAGUCCGAAAGGUUCCCACUGUCUGAUUAA